AUGGAGGAGGCAGGCAACGGACAGCCGGCUACCAUCGCACAGGACGAAGCUGCCAGGCCAUCUCUGGGCGCAGUGUUCGCAGCCAGCAAGUUCAUCGCGAAAGCCAGCAGGAAUCGCAGAUCUCGCGAAGCUCAGCGACUGACGAACGAAUGGGCCUCUAGGGGGGCAUCGUCCCGGUCUUACUCCAGCGUCACCGACGACGCGGUUGGACUGGAGGAGGCGGCAGACAACGGUCUGUACGUGUCGGGCAAGUCUUUGGACGGCGAGGAGGAUGGCGACGACGACGCUAGCGAGAUCACCAAGAUAUGGAGCAUGAUCAGCGACAAGUGGAUCAACGUCAUGAUGAUCUUCGUGCCGGCGGGCUUUGCCGUUAAAUGGUUGGGGUGCUCGGAAACGACAAUCUUCGUCGUUAACUUCUUGGCUAUGGUGCCCCUCGCCAGCAUUCUGGGGGACUUCACGGAGGAGGUGUCGGCGCACACCAACCAGACUCUCGGCGGGCUUAUCCAGGCGACGCUGGGAAACGCGGUUGAGAUUGUGGUGUCCAUCCAGGCUCUCUACGCGAACCAGAUUCGGGUGGUACAGGCUUCGUUGCUCGGAUCGGUGUUCUCGAACAUGCUGCUGGUUCUCGGCUGCUGUUUCUUCUUCGGCGGGCUCAAGCACAAGGAGCAGCGCUUCAACUCCACCAGCGCGAUCGCCAACAUGAGCCUGCUCCUGCUUUCGUCUCUGGCACUGGUCUUGCCGACACCUCUUUCGCACGCCGCGGAAAUGGGAGAUUUGCUGACAGUCUCGCGGUUCUCGGGAGUGUUCCUGCUCAUCAUGUACGUGCAGCUCCUCGUCUUUCAGUUCAAGACCCACGCCUAUCUGUUCGCCAACACCGACGACGACGGCACGAACCUCAAGCUGGGCACGUCGCUCGUGGGCCUGGCGGUGGUCACGGGCCUCGUGGCUUGGCUGUCAGAGUUUCUGGUUGACGCCAUCGACGGUUUCACGGAGGAGGCACACCUGUCCAAGUCGUUCGUGGGUCUAAUCCUGCUGCCAAUCAUCGGGAACGCUGUGGAGCACAUCACGGCCGUCACGGUGGCCAUGAAGAACAAGAUGGAGCUGGCGAUGGGGGUGGCGGUGGGUUCUGCGACGCAGGUGUCGAUGUUCGUGGUGCCUGUCGCUGUGCUUUCGGGCUGGGCGAUGGACCGGGAAAUGACGCUCAUGUUCCCCAACGAGGAAAUCAUUCUGGUGAGCCGCAGUGGUGUUGUAAGACUUUUCGGCGGGUAUGACCUGCUGUCGCGGUUCUUGUGUGCGGGGUCCCCGUCGGUUCACCCCCCCCUCUGAUGGUUCAUGUGUGUUCUUUGGUGUUUGGUGUGCUUUUUCCUUGCUUGAGGAGAUAACGAAUCAUGGCGUAUCCCCACGCCGGUCAGGAGAUAACGAAUCAUGGCGUAUCCCCACGCCGGUCGUGGUCGAUUUUUGUGCGCAUGCAUCGUGGUUGGUUGUGUUUUCUUGCCUUGCUCGAGACUGAAUCAUGGUCCUAUCCGCACUGCUGUUUCUUGUUUUUGCUUGUGUGUCUGGCGGUGGCUGUGCACUCUCCGUAGUUGUGUUUUCGUCUCCACAUCAGCCAACAACACCUACCCCCCGCUCACCUCGAGCCUAGCUGGCGCUUGGGCUGCCCCAUUGUGUCAGUUUCGUGUUCUGUCGUCC